UUAGAAAUGUCCUUCAUUGUAGGAGGUAGCAGUUGGGUGGGGAGACUUGGGUGUAUUCUUGUAGGAGGGAGAAACACAUUGUUUACAAGAUGGGAUAAAUCAAAAGUAGACUUUAGAGAGAUACCAUUUUGCCAAUUUCUCCGGAGAAACAUUAUUAUUCCAAUUAUCUGGCCGGAUUGUUAUCUGUUGUAUUCUUAUACUUUUAGUAAAAAUAUAAUAUACAGUUGUAGUUGUAUUUUUAUUUUUGUGUAACAAUACCCCACAAGUGUAACAAACACAAAGAGAAGAUGAUAGUUUUGGUUUGCAUGGGACGUUAGUUUCGCAUGCCGGCGGCGAGUUGUUCAGACGAGCAAGAAUUGUGAGUUUCAAUGGCUGCAACCGCUCCCGGGUCGGAUUCUACUCCUCCAACACCACCUGAUCCGGAACCCGAACCCGAAACUCCACCACCCACAGAGUCUCCACCUCCGUCACCAGAUUCUUCUCCUCCUCCAUCAUCUCCGCCCCCGUCUUCUCCUCCUCCGUCCUCCCCUCCUCCCCCUAAUAAGAAGCCUCCACCGUCAUCACCAACAGCAUCGCCACCACCGGCUCCAAAUGCCCCGCCAUUACCAACUCCAACUGCUCCUACCCCUAAUGGAACGCGAGAUUCUCCUCCGCCAGGUGUAUUUUCUCCGCCUCCGCCACCACGCCGGCCUCGGGAAUCACCAAAGUCUCCUUCCAACAACAAUUCAUCUUUCCCAAUUAUCGCUGGAGUCGCUGUGGCGGCUCUACUAUUGAUUCUUAUCUUAGCUAUCAUUUUGAUAGUGUGUAUGAAGAGGAAAAAGAAAGAGAAGCCCUAUUACAUGGACUAUAGAGACCGUGGACAUCCAUACAGAGGCGGGGAGCAUGUGGUUAGGGUUCCGCCGCCACCAGGGAUGAUGGGGACACAACUAGGCGGCGGCGGUGGUGGUGGUUGGGGUCCGCCUCCGAUGAAUGGAAGCACAGAGUACAACACCCCACCAGGUUUCUCCAGUGCGUAUGCUACUCCCAUGCCGCCUAUGCCUUAUUCACCAAGGGGGGUUGGCAGAAUUACACCGCCUACUUCCUUGCCGCCUCCUUCACCGCCGAUCGGCGGCUUCAACCAGAGCCAAUUCACGUACGAGGAACUAGCUGCCGCCACGGCCGGGUUUUCUCAGGCGAAUUUGCUUGGCCAAGGCGGUUUCGGUUACGUUCACAAAGGCGUACUCCCCGACGGACGAGAAGUCGCCGUCAAGAGCUUGAAAUCCGGCAGCGGACAAGGGGAAAGAGAGUUUCAGGCUGAAGUUGAGAUCAUUAGCAGAGUUCAUCAUCGCCAUCUUGUCUCCCUUGUUGGAUAUUGCAUUGUUCACGCCCAGAGAAUGCUGGUUUAUGAAUUUGUCCCUAAUAAGACCUUGGAAUUCCACCUUCAUGGAAAGGGCCAGCCAGUCAUGGAGUGGCCAACCAGGCUCAAAAUUGCAUUGGGAUCGGCUAGGGGAUUGAGUUAUCUCCAUGAAGAUUGUAUGAAAAUUGUUGUUCCCUUUUCUCUUUUACUUCUGUCUUUUCUUCAAUUUCUUAAUCUCGCCCUUGUUCACCUUCAUAAUGUAGGUCAUCCUCGAAUUAUCCACCGUGACAUCAAAUCUGCAAACAUUUUGCUUGAUAACCAUUUUGAAGCCAUGGUUGCUGAUUUUGGGUUGGCAAAACUCUCUUCUGAUAAUAACACACAUGUAUCAACUCGUGUUAUGGGAACUUUUGGAUACUUGGCUCCAGAAUAUGCAUCCAGUGGAAAGCUAACAGAGAAAUCUGACGUUUUUUCAUUUGGAGUCAUGCUCUUGGAAAUCAUAACCGGGCAUCGACCCCUCGAUUCUACCAAUAUCACCAUGGAAGACAGUUUAGUAGACUGGGCUAGGCCACUUCUUGCUAAAGCUAUUGAAGAUGGGAACUAUAAUCAAUUGGCAGAUCCGCGCCUAGAAGGCAAGUAUAACUCCCAAGAGAUGGGUCGCAUGGUUGCUUGCGCAGCUGCUUCCAUUCGCCAUUCUGCUAAAAGACGUCCCAAGAUGAGCCAAAUUGUGCGUGCUUGGGAUGGAGAUUUUUCACUGGACGACUUGAAUGAAGGCGGGAGGGGGGCGAUGCAAAAUUCAACACCGCCGUUGUCGAACGAAUCUAGUUUGUACGACACCCGUGCAUACAAUGCAGACAUGUUGAAGUUCAAACAGUUGGUACUGAACAAUGAGAGCAAUGAAUUCGGAUGUACUACAGGCGAGUUUGGUCACGACCGGCCGUCCACCUCGACGAGCUUAGACUCCGGAGAACAUCAUGGGCUACAAAGGCCGCCACAACAACAACAACAACAACAACAACAAAAGUAUUAUAUAUAGACCAUACCACACUAUACAUAUAUACAUAUACCAAUAAUUUGUGCUUCCAAUCCAACACAAAAUUAAAGCUCUUUGAGUUAUCAUAUUGGGGAAUCAAUUUGUAGAUUCUAACUUUUUCUUAGAACACACUACAAGAAAAAUACAUAAAUACAGACGGGACGGGAUCAUGUUAUGGCCGGCACUAUUGGUUCUCAGAUUUUCAUGGCUUCGAGAUGCAUGGUACAUAGUUGUUCAUUAUCAUAGUGUUACCUAUGAAAAAUGUCUUUGUUGUGACAAACGAAGCAUAAUUCGAAUUUGAAUUAUCAUUGUAAUGUUUCUCAUGGGCUGUAAUGCCUUCAAAUAAUCAAAUCCAUUGUCAUGCAUA